AUGACGGACGCGCGGAAGGAGAUGCGCCGACGGUGGACCACAGCUUUCUUCUCGCGCAAGCACGUGACGGUCCACGUGCUGCGGCAGUCGGGCGAGGCCGCGCCAGUCGCACGCAGCAGUCGGUGGUCGUGGCACGUUCUCUCGCCCGUUGCGCGCUGGCUCUUGACCACAAAGCGCCGGUGGCCAUCCCUACACGUUCAUGCGUCCGUGCACCCGCGGUCGCCCGACCCCGACCGCCUCUGCCCGACGCUGGACCGCACCAUCUAUGCCAUUCAAGAAGCAUCCGAGCGCGCGGGCGAUGUCCGGUAG